GUAGACAAUUCGCUAUGGGCUUGCUUGGAAAGAUAUUGCUCAUCGUGGCCUGUGCAAUCGGAAUUGCUUGCACUUUAGGUGCAAUCAUUACUUAUCGAAAUGUGAUCCAAAAUCCUCAGACUAAUGCAGAGAAGGCAACAGUGGCUUGUUCGUUCAUAGCGCUGUUCAUCUUUGCGGGCCUUAUUUUGUUUGCGUUUAUCACCAUGUGCUGUCCCUGCAGUGAUGUCAUACAGGGAAUCGUCGGUACCGUGGCUGGUGCAGCUGCCCUAUUCUUCAGUAUAGCUGCUUAUUGUGCAUAUCACAAAUUGGACAUCGACCAGGCAGUAACAUUGCCUAUUCCUCCUGAAUGGUUAUUCGGAGCGCUAGUAUCCGGCGCUUCGCUCAUACUGGUUGCCCUCACAUUGGCUCUUGGGUGA